AUGACAUCGGUUCUGCGCCUGGGAAGCAAGGACCGUUCGUCCUUCUCCUUCUUCAAACGACAGGGUUCUGAUAAUGCAUCGGAUCUUUCUUCCGACAACCUCGCCCACCGCCUCCCCGAUAUCUCACAUGUCGACACUCGAUCUUUUGCAGAACUAUUUGACGAGUUUAUGAACAAGGAGAUCCACGACGUACCCCAGGCCCAGGUGCAAGGUCCGGCAAUACAGUCCCCUGACUUGAUGAAGGUUAUCGAGUCCAGCACCCCGACCCAGACGACCGUACCUAGAAAAACCUUCGAUACCAAGGUCGACUUUCUCAAAGUCAACAUCGCCAGGAAUGAUUCCACAGCAUCAUCUUGCUAUUCUCAGCCAAGCCAAAGGGAUAGCGAUUGCUCACCCUUAGUCACCAGGCAGUCUUCGAGCUCCAGCUACACCCAGGAGCCACCAUCUGCGGUUCAGAGAACGGUUUCGUCGAAACUCAAGCCCAUAUCGAUCCCCAAACGACCGACGCAAGGAUUUCUGGGCAACCUCACAGAAUCUCCCGUGAGCGCGCAGCCUUCACCGGCUAGGACCAACUCCUCUCUAGUAAGAGUCGUGUCGGCCCCGCUAAACCUGGACAAACCACUUCCUCCGGGCCCAAGCAAUACCAAAGGAGCUUCCACCUCGGCACCAAAUCUGCUUCUAUGUCAGCCACCGGUGGAGCUUCCCUCCACUCUUCCGAGAUCAAUCAGGCGUUCCUCUGCCAGUGUACAGCGCAUAUCUUCUCAACCAGGCAUGAUGGCGUCUACAAGAAGGGGCUCUGACGGCGGUGCUGUAUCAGAAUUGCCAGCCUGGUCGCACAGAUCAGCUCGGCAAGCGCCAUCGGAGAGGACUGCCGCCCACGGACACUACAGGAAUCGUUCAGCAUCUGACACGGAGGUGCCGCACCCCGGACGUUCCUUGAAGCCAGCGUCUAGACGACAUACGGUUGAUAUGCAGAAGCUGGUCUUAACUGCUGCUUCUUCAUCCAACCCCACUCAAGCGGCUCGGAAGCUCAAUCGCCGUCCGAUUACAGCAACCACGGCCGAGCGUGUGAUCUACAGAAUCAUGUGUAGCCUUCACAGCGCACGAGAUCUCCAGGCUACUGCCAUGAUCAGCAAAGGUUUUCUACGGACUUUUCAAAGGAAUGAAUCGAAGCUGGUAAGCCAUUUGAUGUUCAAAACAUCACGAGCUGCUUGGGAGCUUCGUCGGAGUAUCCUUGCUCUGAAAGGAUCCAACGACUUUCUCUUGAAAGACUAUAGCCGGGACUGUCGAACCCUGGAUGCGUUGAAGGCGUUCAUUGUAGCUCAUUGCAGCUCGAGUUGCAAGCAGAGCACGCUGAUUGGUCUUCUGGGCCAAGAUGAUGAGAGAAAAUCACGAAUCGACAAUGCGUUGUGGCGGAUAUGGACGUUCUGCACUUUAUUUGGAAACACAGUCGGUCAAUCUGGCCCUGCACAGACGGAAAUCGAUUGGCUCAACGGCACCAGAGCGGCUUCCAACAAACAGCUCGGGGCUGGGUUCGCUAUCGGCAAUGGAAAUGGGCUUACGACCCACGAACUUGAAGACAUGAACGAAAUGUGGCAGUGUUUGCAAAUCCUGAUGUCAGGUUUCCGUGGUCGAGAGCAAGAAGCCAAGCGAUACGGAGUCUUUGACAACUGGCACUUGCGAGACACAACUUCAGAGUCCCAACAUCUUACUGAGUGGACCUCGUACCUGCUCGCCCUGGGUCCCCAGACCGUUCUGUCGUUGUCCAGCUGCUCGUUCGAACAGGCAAGGAUGCUUGGGUUGACAAACUGGCCCGUUCCGCCAGCAGGGCAAAGUCGAUCAUCAUUCCUGACCACGGCAAUUGCACAAGUAUACCAAGAAAGGGUGCUAGAAGAUGCCACUCGGAGGGCUGCGAGGAUGUCGAUGCGACAUGUGCCAGGACAACACCCAGUCCCUCGAGCCCCGGCCCAUCGUCCAACGAGAUCACUUGACGAACAAGUGACCAACGUGGCUUCUGCGCGCGCCACCGUUCAGUCGCAAUCACUACGGAUUGAUACCACAAGCCUGAAAAGGAGACCGAUCUCCACAAACGCUCUUGCAGAGAUGCGACUAGAGAUACGUCCGGACUGCGAUCCUGCCAAUGCUAGGCAAGAGAUCCGCCCUGAUUGCGAUCCUGCUCCUAGAACAAACCGGGCAUCUCACUUGCUUCCGACGUCCCCUACGACCGAUCCGACAGUUUACUAUUCGCUUUCAAUGACUUCGACAGCCAGCACCAAACUUGGAGCAACACUAUUUCCUAUGGAUUAUGCUAGUCCAGCGCCUCGGGUUCCUUUCCGGGCACCUGAGCCACCCGCAGCCUUGGCUUCUGGCAUUGUGGAUCCAGUCGACAAAGCAAUGAAUAUCUUAGUACGUCAACUGGGAUUCGCUGAGACCAAAGCGAGGAAGGCCCUUGCAAUGUGCGAUUCAGGGUCGGGAAUCGAUUUGCAGAAGGCGAUUGAACUGUUGUCUGUCGAUUCAAAGGAUGCGCAACGAGAGCGCCAUCUGCCUGUGGAACUCCCUACACCUACCAGUGCCGUAAGUGCUACCAGGCAGAAAAGGCCGCCGCCAGCGUCCAGGGCGUACUGUGACGGCCAAUGCCAACGGACGUCAACCUUGUCGCAUUCCCGGAAUAGAUCUACGGGCACGACGGGCACUGCUACGGAUGUGUCUCUCAGUCCGGUUUCAGCACUGGGUGAAGAGGAGUGGCAGGACACUAUAUCGCCACUUGUUAAUACGCCGGCAAUGGCAUCUCGAUCAAAGGCCACUUUAGCCAGGGGCCCAAGUAAGGCUAAAGCAUGGAAAGUGCUGGGAAUGGACAGCCUGCCUAAACGCAAGAACUCAGUGCUUCAUAUCGAGGAAUAUCAAGCCAAAGUGGAAAGACGAAAGAGCAUGCGCGCGAACAUCAAUGAAGGUCACCAGAGCCUGAAGAUCAAAGAGGGGCUGGGUAAGAAUCUGCUUGGAUUGGGACUGGGCAUUGGGAGUGGUGCUGGGGCAAAGUCGGCGGAGGUACAACUUGAGCGAGUGCGUGAGGAAGAGCGGCGGAAGAAAGAGAAAAACCGGACCAGUUGCAUACCCAGGUAUUCUUCCUGA